CGCACUUCCGGACAUGCGUUUUCGCACGUUAGCGGCACCAACAUGGCGAUGACAAUAAGCCAAAAUGCUGUUCAGGUGCAACAGAAAGAAGGAGAGGAGGAUGAUCAAUCGAUAUCUAGAUCUGACAGUGGUGAGGAUUCUCUCGAUGGCCUUAUGAGACACAGAUGUCCCUUGACCCCUUCGCUGUCUCCACGGAAACGGACCACCAGCCAAAGCAAAACAGAGCCUCCACUUCUGAGGACGAAUAAGAGGACAAUCUACACUGCAGGGCGUCCACCCUGGUACAAUGUUACUGGGACCACCUUUAAAGAAGCCUUUGUCAUAGGUAUCUGUCUGUCUGUCUGUCUGUCAUCUACCACCGUGGCCAAUAAGAUCAUAGAGGCUCUUGAUGUUCCUUGGGUUGUUCUGCUCUCUAUGGACUCUUUCUACAAGGUUUUGAGUAAAGAGGAGCAGGAGUUGGCAGCUAGAAACGAGUACAACUUUGAUCAUCCUGAUGCCUUCGAUUUUGAACUGCUAGUAACUGUGUUGAGAAAACUGAAAAAGGGCAAAAGCAUCAAAGUGCCAGUGUACGACUUUACCAGUCACAGUCAUCGCAAGGAGUGGAAAACCGUCUAUGGGGCCAACGUUGUGAUAUUUGAGGGAAUCUUGGCUUUUGCCAACAAGGAGCUUUUAAAGCUCCUAGACAUGAAGGUAUUUGUAGACACAGACUCUGACAUCCGGCUAGUCAGGCGACUAAAAAGGGACAUCACGAAUAGAGGGCGUGACAUUGCAGGCGUCAUUAAACAGUACAACAAAUUUGUCAAGCCAGCGUUUGAGCAGUACAUCGAACCCACUGUGCAGGUUGCAGAUAUUGUGGUCCCAAGAGGUGGAGAAAACUCUGUAGCCUUGGAUCUGAUUGUUCAGCAUGUUCACAGUCAGCUGGAAAAGAGGAAACUCCGCUGGGAUAUAUCAGCCCUGGCAUCUGCCCAUCAGGGUCAACCUCUACCCAAGACCCUGAGUGUCAUGGAGAGCACCCCACAGGUCAGAGGAAUGCACACUAUUAUCAGGAAUAAAGAAACCAGUCGGGAUGAAUUUAUUUUCUAUUCAAAGAGAUUAAUGAGGCUUCUAAUAGAGGACGCCCUGUCCUUCCUGCCUCUGAAGCCGGUGUCUGUUGAAACUCCUCAAGGAACUGUAUAUGAAGGGAAGAGGCUGAGCGGGAAAAGGAUCACUGGUGUGUCCAUUUUACGGGCAGGAGAGACCAUGGAACAGGCCUUGAUGGCUGUUUGUAAGGACAUUCGACUCGGAAAGAUCCUCAUUCAGACCAAUCAUGACACAGGAGAGCCUGAGCUCCAUUACCUUCGUCUUCCCAAGGACAUCAGUGAGGAUUAUGUUAUCCUGAUGGACAGCACUGUGUCAACAGGAGCGGCAGCUCUCAUGGCUGUCAGAGUCUUACUUGAUCAUGAUGUCCAGGAGGAUAAGAUAUUCCUGCUCUCUCUCCUCAUGGCGGAGAUGGGCGUUCACUCAGUGGCCUACGCCUUUCCCAAAGUGCGCAUCAUCACCACUGCCGUGGACAAGAAGGUCAACGAUGAGUUUCACAUCAUUCCAGGGAUUGGUAAUUUUGGGGACCGUUACUUUGGGACUGAUGCUCCUUCAGACUGGUAUGAAAGUGAUGAGGGGAUGGACUACUGAAUUUCAUCAAGACUUGUAUGUGAGCAACUGUAUCUGCAUGCGUCAGCGUAGGGAACUUUUAAGCACUUAAUCUCAUAGGAUUGUGGACCCAUUGCCCUGCCCUAUAUAAGCAUAAGCCUUAGCCGCCUCUUGCUGUCGAUUCUUGCAAUACUGCGUCCUACACGUGAGCCCAUGCUCAAUACAGGUCAAAGCGUUAAUGGACCCCCAAACAUGAGAGAUUACUGCUCAUUAGCUUUCCUUGCAGUGCCCACAUGACAUCACAAUUUAAGAGUUUUUCAUUAAUACUUGAACUAAGAAAUGAUAAGAGUGGAAUAAUAAGGGCACACCACAGUUUCUUCAUGGGAGUGUUUGAAAUGGCAUACUACCAAACUACCUUGUACUGUUUUUCAGUAGUACGAGUAUACAGUAUAUACUGUGUAGAAUACAGUAUACUGUAUGUAAUUGAUUGCAAACACAGCUCAUACUCAAUGUUUGUUAGCUGGUUUCUUGUUGUCUUGUCUUGUCUUGACUUGACUUCUCUUUCGGUUGUAUAGCAUAUAUGGCAUACAUGUUCAUUUGAAGUGCUUGAUCAAAUUGACAUUUUAUACUAAGUGAACGAAACACAUGCUUGCUUCAAUUUAACCUGCCUUUAAUAUUGCAGCUUUACUAAAAAUCUGCAUAAAUGUUACUACCUUGAAUAGUAGCCCAAGCACAAAUAGAUAUCACUGUUUACUGCAAUGCUGCAAUUCUGCUUAUAAACAAUACAUCUGUUGUUUAAUCUACUUUUACUUUGUUGUUUUGACUUUUGAUUGGUGUCUUGAAGGCGAUACAGAUGUGAAGUGCCAAUGUGUGUGUGUGUGUGUGUGUGUGUGUGUGUGUGUGUGUGUGAAAAUGUGGGGAAUUCAUGAAAUAUUGAAAAGGGACUUUUGUUAAUAGAAAUUUCAAUUUUAAGUCCAAAGGAAUAAUUUUCCUCUCAUCAUUGGUUUUAGUAUUUAGCACUACAGUGCCACAGAGGGGAACAAAAUUAGGUUUAUAGUUUUCUAUUACAUACUUGAAUUUUAAAUUGUAGAUAAUGUAUAUUUAUUUUUCAUUGGUUUAUUUGUCAUGCCUGAUUGAUUAGAGUCAACGACAAAUUGAUUUGCAAUGACAGAAGUUGAGAAAAAAUUAUUGAAGAACAUUUUGGGAGUCUUCUAGCAGAAAUUAAACCAAACGAGAGCAAAACAUGUGCUUCUCCUGAACUUUCACUGUUAUGUCAUCUAAUGCUCUUUUUUUUCUUCAAUAAACCUGAUCAAACUAAUAGUGCCAAAAUGCAAAUACAGCAGCCCGAGAUGAACUUAAAUUUAUGUAAGCAAACAGUUUGAUCACAUUCUCACCUAAAGCAGAGUGUUGCACAUUAUUUCAAUGGCAUUUAAUUAAAAUUUUAUUUGUCUGUUUGGUCCCACUUGACAUUAUGUAGUAAUGAAAAUGAUGUCUUUGUCUUACUUUUCUUUGUAUGUUUGUUUUCUAAUUGGACCUGCCAUUUGUUUUGUUUUUAUUUAUUUUUUUGUACAGUGAUUUUAUGGCUUGGUUAUGUGUUAUUCUAAAUUAAAUCUCAGUAAUGGACUUCAGACUUAACUAUAUUGGCAGAAAUAUUAUAAGGGAAAAAAUAUUUUCUCUCUCCACAAAUGUGUACUGUAAUGAUUUUGUUGUAUAUGUAACAUUUCCCUGGGUUAUCUGUUUACGAGCUUUAAACUGACCUCCAGUGUUGUAAGCCAUUCCACUUCUGUUGGAACAUUUUUUUCUGUCUGAAUAAAUAGCGCAAUAAAAU